UGCAAUAUCGAAAUUGGAUUUUUCGCUCAAUUAUAUUAAGAAUGUAAAAUCACGCAAUUUAUUUACAAUUUUACCGCUUAGUUAAUUUACAUUAAAUGCAUUCCAAGUUUAACUUGUUCCCUAUUGGGCAGUAAUUCACAGAUUGAAGUGAUUACUGUAAAGUUCUUCAAAAAAAAAAAAAAGUGAGUACUGUAAAGUGUGAACACAAGCCAUGUCUUCCUACACAAUCCCCCAAAUUGAACAAUCGAGCGCUAGGGCUUAUUCAAAGUUUCCCAGAAAUUUAAUUCAGUCACUCACUUUCCAGGGGUUCCAAUAUCAAUACCCACAAUGUCAGAAUCAUCGGUGUUCAGUAAGAUGAUGAUGAAUUUUCGUGAAAGUUGCAGGUAUUAUACUGGUUAUCCCAAGGAUUUAGGACCAUCCCGUGUAAUACAUUUUACGUCGGAGCGUCAAUUUGUACAGAUUCUUCACCAGGGCUACCCUGUGGUUGUUGCUUUCACUGUUAAGGGAAAUUACACAAGACAUCUUGACAAAGUACUAGAGGAGGCUGCGGCCGAGUUUUACCCUCAUGUCAAAUUUAUGAGAGUUGAGUGUCCUAAGUAUCCAGGCUUUUGUAUAACACGGCAAAGGAAGGAAUAUCCAUUUGUUGAAAUAUUUCAUACCCCAGAGCAAGCUGCUGCCCCGGGAAGGGUUACUGAUCCAAAUGUCACCAAGUACUCCGUGAAAGUCUUGCCUUUCAGCCAUGAUCUCAGUGCUUAUGGAUUUAGAGAAUUUUUCAAGCGCCACAAGAUUCAAAUGUCUAACCAGGAGUGAUCUCUAAUGAGGCCAUAGCUCUCUGCGCUGCAAUUCUUGUUAAGCUUCACCAUGGAAUGUGAACGACACUGUUGUGCCUGGUUUUAGGCCUAUUUAUAGUUGCUGAAACCUCUGUAUUAUCAUGUGCAGAAUUAGUUACCCUCGGAUAACUAUUUCUGAAUAUUUGAUUAAUGCUUUAUUUUUGAAGCGGAGAAGAUGCAAUUUAUUCAUUGGAAAAGUGAUAUACAUAGCACUGCCUCUUACCACCCGAAGCUGUAGCACGUGAAGCUAAAAUCUUGAUCUUUGCAAUGUUUUACUGGUUUUCUAUCAAGCAAAUUGUAGCCUGUACUCAGAAGAAGUUUUAGUUGCUGAAUCCUUUUUGUGCUCAGAAGUGCAGUGGUAUAAUUAAUUGGGUUAAAGCUUGUAGUAGGUGAUAUGUGCUGGUUCCCUGUUUUGACAUAUUCUGGUAAAUGCCCGAAUAAAUUAGACAAAAAAAUGUUGGUAACGCUGAAUUGUAUGAAGAUCAUUACUCUUUAAAAUUCCGAAGUAAAUUUUCUUCAUCAA